AUGUUAACAAGUCACACCAGUCGUUCUUUGGCGUGGCGUUUGCACGCAGUGCCCGCUGCUUGUCGUGUUAUAUGCGGUGGUGGUAGCAAAAUUCAGAGCGGUAGUGCCAGGAGGGGUAUCAUCUAUAGCAGCGGUCAGGAGUUUGUGCCGUUUCUCACCACGACACUCUUCUAUGCGAUUCGACUCCAUAGCGACUUUACCGGUGAUCGCGAGAAGCAGCUCACAAUACAUGUGCAGCUACCGGAUGGCACUACACGAGAUGUGAAGGCGUACGAGGGUCAAACGCUUCUGGACGUUGCCAUGGAAGAAGGGCUGCCAAUAGAAGGAGCAUGUGGAGGCUCGUGUGCCUGCUCCACGUGUCACGUGUACCUGGAGAACGAUGCGGCGAUGGAGCUCUUCGAUGAUCCAACGGAUGAGGAGAAUGACAUGCUUGACAUGGCUUUUUUCCCGCAGUCCACCUCACGAUUGGGGUGUCAGCUGAAGCUGGUGAAGGAGAAGCACGACGGGCUGAAGAUACAGCUUCCACGUGCCACGCGGAACAUGUAUGUGGACGGCCACACCGUAACACCACAUCACUAA